ACAAGAAGACAGAUGACCCCACUACUUCGACUCUCCCUCUGACAAACCUACAGCUUCUUAAUCAAUCGCUCGGAAGAUACUUUGACAUCUUCUUCAAGCCCACUUGUACACGGAACUAAGAUUCAGCACAGAAGACACAAUGAGCGACCGACCAGAACCCCUCAGGCUCGGCUCCAAGGCCCCCAAUUUCAAGGCCGAGACGACCCAAGGACCCAUCGACUUCCACGAGUUCAUCGGCGACAACUGGGUUAUUCUUUUCUCUCACCCUGAGGAUUACACUCCUGUCUGCACAACUGAGCUCGGUGCUUUCGCCAAGUUGGAGCCUGAGUUCAGCCGUCGCGGUGCCAAGCUCAUUGGUCUCUCAGCCAACACAGUAGAAAGUCAUGGAGGCUGGAUCAAGGACAUUGACGAGAUCUCGGGAAGCAGCCUCAAGUUCCCCAUCAUCGGCGACAAGGACAGGCAGGUCGCCUUGGCAUACGACAUGAUCGAUCACCAAGAUGCCACCAACGUCGAUAGCAAGGGAAUCGCCUUUACAAUCCGCUCAGUCUUCAUCAUCGACCCCAAGAAGACCAUCCGCCUCAUCCUUUCUUACCCAGCAAGCACAGGCAGGAACACUGCGGAGGUCUUGCGUGUCUUGGACAGUUUGCAGACUGGUGACAAGCACAAAAUUACUACUCCUAUCAACUGGGUUCCAGGUGAUGACGUUAUCGUCCACCCCUCUGUUAAGACCGAGGACGCCAAGACCAUGUUCCCUGAUAUCAGAAUUGUUAAGCCUUACCUGCGCUUUACUCCUCUCCCGAAAGAGAAGACGACUGCGGCAUAGACGCAAACACUAUGCUUAGCUGUGAGAAUAGACAAGGCACAAUCAUGAGAAUGAAGUUGGUCUACCUUCGCAUGCUUUCCAGGUCGUGUCUAAUAGCCAUGCUAUGCUGAUAUCACUUGCGACUAUUGGUCAACAACGUCACGUUUCGUGGGCCAAAGUUACCUUGCACCGUAUACGAGGGAAAAACCGAACAGGUGUAGACAUAACAAGCUUUACCUUGCAGCCUACAUUAUCUUCUAAUAAGAUAACUUAUCAAGAUUAACAGUAUUAUAGUCUUCUAGGUUUUUCAUCUAUAU